UUAAGGCCACUGAGUUGCAAACUUGGCUGUUGUAUUAUGCAUAUCCUUGUCUUCAGGACUUUCUUAAAGAUGAAUAUCUAGAGAAUUUCUUGUGUCUUUCAGAGGGGAUUCACAUUUUACUAGGAAAUGCAAUAUCAGAAGAGUCUCUGACUAAAGCAAAAGGCCUGUUGCAGCAGUUCUAUGCAUCAUUUGCUAGAUUGUAUGGGGAAGGAUCUAGUGGCCUCAACAUUCACAAUACAGGAUCACACUUGUGUGACUUUGUUAAACUUUGGGGUCCCAUAUGGUGUUGGAGUUGUUUUCCUUUUGAGGACAUAAAUGCAAUGCUGCUUAAUUCUGUUCAUGGUACAGGAGUUGUGUUAAAGCAGGCCAUGAAAUACCGUCAGGCCCAACUGUGCAUCAGAAGGAAAGGACUUGAGUUAAAAAAAUGUAAUAGCUGGAAGGUAAAUUACAUGGCAUCAAAUUGUGCCGUAGCAGGAGCUAUGCAGGUACUUCAACAACAUGAAUUAGAAGAUUCCGUGAAAGCAAAUCUGAUUAAUUUGUUACAGGAAAACUUCCUGGAUAAAUUAAAGAAACUGAACAGAGUUGUUGUUAAUGAAAAGCGUUUCUACUCGGAGCAGUACACACGUAUGCAAAAAAGAAUCUGUACAGUUGUUCUCUUCAGAAAUAAUGAAAUUGGCAAAAUCAAGUACUUCGUGUUCUGUAAUUACACUGAUUCUGUGUACGCUGUUCUCCAAAAAUUGGAAAGAAUUCCAGAAGGACAAGAAAACCAUUACAUACCAGUUACAUUCUCACAAGAAAUUGUUGUGUCCAAUGUUGAGAACCUGAUAGAGGUUUUAGUUUAUCUUGAUUUACAGGAUGUAAAUAGGAAAUAUGUGAUAAAGAUGCCCAAUGGCUAUGGCCAUGCCAUAUUCAAGUGAUUGCGUGAUGCUAUUUUCUUAUUAAUUAAAGUACGGACAGAGGCAAACUUAAUGCAGUGUAUUGAAUUUCCACUGAAACAGAAUAAAUACUCAUUUAUCAGGAUCCAAUUCAAAUUACCAGACUUAAACAGUUAAGGUAAUUUUUGACAAAGGACUUUUACUUUGAUGCUGCAAUGAAACAUUUAUGAUACAUCGGAAUAGUGAUAUGAUGACAAAAUAAAAUUUAAACAUUAUAA